GUUCCCAUUUACCCAAGUUAGUGAUAGGGGCCUGCGAAAACAUGAAGAGGGUAAAUAGCUGUGUGAAGGAUGAAGAACAUGUCCUGGAGGAACUGGAAACAGAAGGUGAGAGGCAGCUGAAGAGCCUCCUUCAACAUCAACUUAAUACCUCUGUCUCCAUUGAAGAAUGUGUCUCUAAGAAAAAGAGUUUUGCCCCUGGGACUAUGUACAAGCCCUUUGGGAAGGAAGCAGCUGGGACAAUGACUUUGUCCCAGUUCCAGACACUACAUGAAAAAGACCAGGAAACUGCUUCUCUCAGGGAACUAGGGCUCAACGAAACUGAAAUAUUGAUCUGGAAAAGCCAUGUUUCCGGUGAGAAGAGGACAAAGCUGAGGGCAACUCCUGAAGCAAUACAGAAACGGCUUGAAGAUAUUAAAGAAAGGAUCUCAGAGCGCCAGCGCAUCCUUUGCCUGCCACAGAGGUUUUCAAAGAGCAAACAGCUGACCCGAAGAGAAAUGGAAAUCGAAAAGUCUUUAUUUCAGGGAACUGAUCGUCACUCCUUCCUUAAGGCUCUUUAUUACCAAGCAUACCACAAAAAGACAAGUGCAGACAAGUACAUGACCUCAAUGAAGAGGAAGAUAAAAUUAGGCACAAAAGAUGAACCCCCAAAGAAGAACAAAGGUGAUCCCAUGAACAACCUGGAAAAUUUUUACCACGAGACUAUAAUGAAAAAACGUCUUGAAGAGUUCCAACUUUUGAGAGGUGAACCCUUUGCUUCCCACUCCCUGGUCUCAGCUGCAUCAGUGAGUGGUAGUGGCACAGCUGAGAACCCAUCACUCCUCCCGGACAAGGGAAAACAGGCAGCACAGGGUAAAGGCCCCAGUCUCCAUGUGGCCAAAGUUAUUGAUUUUCCAACUGAGCAAUAUUGGACUGGGCCUAAGAAGCUGAAGCAACCAGUAGAAUUUAUCCCAGAAGAUGAGAUCCAGAGAAAUCGUUUGUCAGAGGAGGAGAUCCGAAACAUUCCUAUGUUUGCUUCAUAUAAUCCAGGGGAACCAAACAAGGUGCUAUAUCUGAAGAACCUUAGUCCCCGGGUGAAAGAAAGAGACCUUAUCUCAUUAUUCGCUCGAUUCCAGGAGAAGAAAGGACCACCCAUUCAGUUCCAAAUGAUGACUGGACGCAUGAGGGGACAGGCUUUCAUCACCUUUCCCAAUAAAGACAUAGCAUGGCAAGCACUGCACCGGAUUAAUGGAUAUAAGCUCUACGGGAAGAUACUGUUUGGCUGGUUCUGUUGCUUUUGGACCCUAGGUAAAGCAGAUGAUGGGAUUCAGGUGGUGGAACAAAGCUAUUCACUUCGUAGUGGACAGGAAGCAGACAGUGAGAGCGCUCCUUCUGGCAUGCUUUCUCCUCUAGUGGUUGUUCGACCCAAGCUCUUUACAUUGUUGCUGGUGCCACUUUUAAAGUUGGUCCUCCUCUCUUAG